AUGUUCUCCCCCCCCAACGCCAACACCAGCCCCAACACCAACACCAGCCCCAACACCAACACCAGCCCCAACACCAACAUCGACCCAACACCAACCCAACGCCAACACCAACGCCAACACCAACACCAACAUCGACCCAACACCAACACCAACCCCAACGCCAACGCCAACCCCAACACCAACCCCAACGCCAACGCCAACCCCAACACCAACCCCAACGCCAACCCCAACGCCAACACCAACACCAACCCCAACGCCAACACCAACGCCAACGCCAACUCCAACCCCAACACCAACACCAACACCAACGCCAACACCAGCCCCAACACCAACACCAGCCCCAACACCAGCCCCAACACCAACACCAACACCAGCCCCAACACCAACACCAACGCCAACACCAGCCCCAACACCAACACCAGCCCCAACACCCACACCAGCCCCAACACCAACACCAACACCAACACCAGCCCCAACGCCAACACCAACCCCAACACCAACACCAGCCCCAACACCAACGCCAACACCAACACCAACACCAGCCCCAACACCAACACCAACACCAACGCCAACACCAGCCCCAACACCAACACCAGCCCCAACACCAACACCAGCCCCAACACCAACACCAGCCCCAACACCAACACCAGCCCCAACACCAACGCCAACACCAACACCAGCCCCAACACCAACGCCAACACCAGCCCCAACACCAGCCCCAACGCCAACACCAACGCCAACCCCAACGCCAACGCCAGCCCCAACGCCAACCCCAACGCCAACACCAACCCCAACGCCAACACCAACCCCAACACCAGCCCCAACGCCAACACCAACGCCAACACCAACCCCAACGCCAACCCCAACGCCAACACCAGCCCCAACGCCAACACCAACGCCAACACCAACCCCAACACCAACGCCAACACCAACGCCAACACCAACCCCAACACCAACGCCAACCCCAACCCCAACGCCAACACCAGCCCCAACGCCAACACCAGCCCCAACGCCAACGCCAACGCCAACCCCAACGCCAACCCCAACGCCAACACCAACGCCAACCCCAACGCCAACGCCAACGCAAACCCCAACCCCAACACCAGCCCCAACGCCAACACAAAUACCAACCCCAACACCAACGCCAACACCAGCCCCAACGCCAACACCAACCGCAACGCCAACACCAGCCCCAACGCCAACACCAACGCCAACACUAACGCCAACACCAACGCCAACACUAACGCCAACACCAACCCCAACGCCAACACCAACCCCAACGCCAACACCAAUGCCAACGCCAACCCCAACGCCAACCCCAACGCCAACCCCAACGCCAACCCCAACACCAACGCAAACCCCAACCCCAACACCAGCCCCAACGCCAACACAAAUACCAACCCCAACCCCAACGCCAACACCAACGCCAACACCAGCCCCAAGGCCAACACCAACCGCAACGCCAACACCAGCCCCAACGCCAACACCAACCCCAACGCCAACGCCAACGCCAACCCCAACGCCAACGCCAACACCAACGCCAACGCCAACCCCAACGCCAACGCAAACCCCAACCCCAACACCAGCCCCAACGCCAACACAAAUACCAACCCCAACACCAACACCAGCCCCAACGCCAACACCAACCGCAACGCCAACACCAGCCCCAACGCCAACGCCAACACCAACGCCAACGCCAACACCAACCCCAACGCCAACGCCAACACCAACCCCAACACCAACGCCAACACCAACGCCAACACCAACCCCAACGCUAACACCAACCCCAACACCAACACCAACCCCAACGCCAACACCAGCCCCAACACCAACGACAACACCAACCCCAACACCAACACCAGCCCCAACACCAGCCCCAACGCCAACACCAACCCCAACGCCAACACCAACCCCAACGCCAACACCAGCCCCAACGCCAACGCCAACACCAACCCCAACGCCAACACCAACCCCAACACCAACACCAGCCCCAACACCAGCCCCAACGCCAACACCAACCCCAACGCCAACCGGCACGCCCCAACGCCAACACCAGCCCCAACACCAACACCAGCCCCAACACCAACACCAGCCCCAACGCCAACACCAACCCCAACGCCAACACCAACCCCAACGCCAACACCAACGCCAACACCAGCCCCAACCACCACCAACCCCAACGCCAACGCCAACGCCAACACCAACCCCAACCAACCCCAACGCCAACACCACCCCAACGCCAACACCAACGCCAACACCAACCCCAACAACCAACGCCAACGCCCCAACGCCAACACCAACCCCAACACCAACACCAACGCCAACCCCAACGCCAACACCAGCCCCAACCCCAACGCCAACACCAGCCCCAACGCCAACACCAACGCCAACCCAACGCCAACCCACCCAACCCCAACGCCAACCCACGCCAACACCAACGCCAACCCCAACGCCAACGCAGCAAACCCCAACCCCAACACCAGCCCCAACGCCAACACAAAUACCAACCCCAACACCAACGCCAACACCAGCCCCAACGCCAACACCAACCGCAACGCCAACACCAGCCCCAACGCCAACACCAACGCCAACACUAACGCCAACACCAACGCCAACACUAACGCCAACACCAACCCCAACGCCAACACCAACCCCAACGCCAACACCAAUGCCAACGCCAACCCCAACGCCAACCCCAACGCCAACCCCAACGCCAACCCCAACACCAACGCAAACCCCAACCCCAACACCAGCCCCAACGCCAACACAAAUACCAACCCCAACACCAACGCCAACACCAACGCCAACACCAGCCCCAAGGCCAACACCAACCGCAACGCCAACACCAGCCCCAACGCCAACACCAACCCCAACGCCAACGCCAACGCCAACCCCAACGCCAACGCCAACACCAACGCCAACGCCAACCCCAACGCCAACGCAAACCCCAACCCCAACACCAGCCCCAACGCCAACACAAAUACCAACCCCAACACCAACACCAGCCCCAACGCCAACACCAACCGCAACGCCAACACCAGCCCCAACGCCAACGCCAACACCAACGCCAACGCCAACACCAACCCCAACGCCAACGCCAACACCAACCCCAACACCAACGCCAACACCAACGCCAACACCAACCCCAACGCUAACACCAACCCCAACACCAACACCAACCCCAACGCCAACACCAGCCCCAACACCAACGACAACACCAACCCCAACACCAACACCAGCCCCAACACCAGCCCCAACGCCAACACCAACCCCAACGCCAACACCAACCCCAACGCCAACACCAGCCCCAACGCCAACGCCAACACCAACCCCAACGCCAACACCAACCCCAACACCAACACCAGCCCCAACACCAGCCCCAACGCCAACACCAACCCCAACGCCAACCGGCACGGUUUCCUCCGGAUUACUUACUUACUACUACUACUACUACUUACUACCAACCCCAACGCCAACCCCAACGCCAACGUCAACGCCAACCCCAACGCCAACACCAACCCCAACGCCAACACCAAUCCCAACGCCAACACCAACGCCAACACCAACACCAACCCCAACGCCAACACCAACACCAGCCCCAACGCCAACACCAGCCCCAACACCAACACCAGCCCCAACACCAACACCAGCCCCAACGCCAACACCAACCCCAACGCCAACACCAACACCAACCCCAACGCCAACACCAACGCCAACACCAGCCCCAACACCAACCCCAACGCCAACGCCAACACCAGCCCCAACACCAACCCCAACGCCAACACCAACGCCAACGCCAACCCCAACGCCAACACCAACGCCAACACCAACACCAACCCCAACGCCAACACCAACACCAGCCCCAACGCCAACCCCAACGCCAACACCAGCCCCAACUUCAAUACCAACACCAACGCCAACACCAACCCCAACACCAACACCAACCCCAACACCAGCCCCAACCCCAACGCCAACGCCAACGCCAACACCAACGCCAACCCCAACGCCAACGCCAACCCCAACCCCAACACCAGCCCCAACGCCAACACCAAUACCAACCCCAACGCCAACACCAACGCCAACACCAACACCAGCCCCAACACCAGCCCCAACGCCAACACCAAUACCAACCCCAACACCAACACCAACGCGGCAGGGCGGCAGUAG